UUCUUCUUCUUGUGCAACCUUUCCUUGGUAUCAGCGGCUGCUUCAAAAAGUAAAGUCAAAGGCAGCCAAGGGCAGUUUCCACUAACUCAGAAUGUAACGGUUGUUGAAGGCGGAACUGCAAUUUUGACCUGCAGAGUUGAUCAAAAUGAUAACACCUCCCUCCAGUGGUCAAAUCCAGCUCAACAGACUCUGUACUUCGAUGACAAGAAAGCUUUAAGGGACAAUAGGAUCGAGCUGGUUCGCGCUUCCUGGCAUGAAUUGAGCAUCAGUGUCAGUGAUGUAUCUCUGUCUGAUGAAGGGCAGUACACCUGCUCCUUAUUUACAAUGCCUGUCAAAACUUCCAAGGCCUAUCUCACUGUCCUGGGUGUUCCAGAGAAGCCGCAGAUUAGUGGAUUUUCAUCACCAGUCAUGGAGGGAGACCUGAUGCAGCUAACUUGUAAGACAUCUGGCAGUAAACCUGCAGCUGAUAUAAGAUGGUUCAAAAAUGACAAGGAAAUCAAAGAUGUGAAGUAUUUGAAAGAGGAGGACGCUAACCGAAAGACCUUCACCGUCAGCAGCACGCUGGACUUCCGAGUGGACCGUAGUGACGAUGGAGUGGCGGUUAUCUGCAGAGUAGACCAUGAGUCCCUCAAUGCCACCCCUCAGGUAGCCAUGCAGGUGCUAGAAAUACACUAUACACCAUCAGUUAAGAUCAUACCAUCCACUCCUUUUCCACAGGAAGGACAAGCAUUAACUUUGACUUGCGAAUCUAAAGGAAAACCACUGCCAGAACCUGUUCUGUGGACAAAGGAUGGUGCAGAGUUACCAGAUCCUGAUCGGAUGGUCGUGAGUGGUCGAGAACUCAACAUUCUUUUCCUGAACAAGACGGACAACGGCACAUAUCGAUGUGAAGCCACGAAUACCAUUGGCCAAAGCAGCGCAGAGUAUGUCCUCAUUGUACAUGAUGUUCCCACCACUUUGCUUCCCACUACUAUCAUCCCCUCCCUUACCACUGCACCAGUAACAACCACUGUAGCCAUAACAACCAGCCCAAGUACAUCUGCAUCAAGCAGCAGCAGAAGAGAUCCUAAUUCUCUGGCUGGCCAGAACGGCCCUGAUCAUGCUCUCAUAGGAGGAAUAGUGGCUGUAGUUGUGUUUGUCACACUGUGUUCCAUUUUUCUGCUUGGCCGAUAUCUGGCAAGACAUAAAGGAACAUAUCUAACAAACGAAGCUAAAGGAGCUGAAGAUGCACCAGAUGCCGACACGGCCAUUAUCAAUGCUGAAGGCAGCCAAGUCAACGCUGAAGAGAAAAAAGAGUAUUUCAUUUAAAAUUCGGGCCACAUGCUCUGAGUUUUACCUACCAGGCUGACUGCUGGAGAAAACUGGCAAACCAUCUUUCAAAAACCAUUCCAAGCAUUCUCUACUACUUUGAUUAACACCCAUACUGUACUGCUCUCAGUAGCCAGUGUAAACCAACAAUCAGCAGUUGAAAGCAUCAUCUUUUAAUUACUGUACCAUCCAUAAUGCAGGACAUUUCUUAUUGCCUAAAUUUUACACCAUUGCUCUUUUAACAUACAGUGCUUGAAUAUACAGCCUUAACAAUGUUAAUCAUCUCGCUGGAUCAUGAUAUUGAGUUGUUUUUAUACACUGAAGAAAUGUAUGCAGAGUCCCACCCCUACAUUUGUUUUCCUUUAGGUCCUAGAAUUCAUUGAACAGUUUUCACAAGUCACAGGAUUAGGUAAUGGCCUAACGUGCUUACGUUUAAUGAAAGAUUAGAGGUUUACAAACUAUGUUUUCUGCUUGUCUAUCUUCAAAGAUAACAUGUUGUGGAAACAUAUGCCCUAGAAAACACAAAAUGAAGACAGUGUAGUGUAGUUUCUGGAAUGUUUGAGAUUAUACUGGUAAUACUGUAUCAAGUUGCUAUUUUAAAAUUUAGUGUUUGAUACAGGCACCUUGUGUAUGGAUUAUAAUCAUGACAUGACACCUUAUAUUAUUAUAUAGAUCCUACCAUUAGGUUAUUGUAGCUUCAUUUCCCAAUAAAUUAUUACAAACAUUUAACUGCUUUGGGAAUCAUAAAGAUUUCAUUCAUUUCUCUAUUUGAUUUUAUAAUUUAUUUGCUCCUAAGGAUUCACCUGCCUAAACAAAACUGAAAUAGGGCACAAUUUUGAGACAUUUUAGUAUCUGUAUAUAGUGCAUAUAAUAAAUCCAAUCAAACAUUAUUUGAUACAUAUUUAACUUUUUUGGCUGUAGGUUAUUCGGUCAUAAGUACGCAUUUUCUAAUGUCCAUUAUAUCCCUUUAGAUAUUACUUAAACUGAUAUUAUAAGUAGAUAACAUAUAUUAGUAUUUUUGUCUGUAUGUCCUAGCACUGUCAACAACAGAUUUUUCUAGUUCUUGUUAAUUUUUAUUUGUUAUACAAUGGAAGCACAAUGUUACAAGGAAAGGUAAUUUUAAGCUAACAACCAGUGCACAGCCUCAGGUUUUAAAUCACAACCACAGUUGAAUAAUAACCUAAAAACAAACUCUUAGUUUGAUAAAAAAAAAAAAACUUACACAUUUUAAUUUGGCAGUUUAAUUGCUGCUUAACUAUGUUGAUUUGCCAAAAAGGAAGUAUUUAGGAUAUGUCUUCUGUAUAAAUGAACUAAUUCUUUAUAUUAAAUUCCUGUCUAUGCAUUCUGUGAGGUACAAACUUAUGAAACAGUGAGUGAUAGAAAAUCCCUGCCAUGCUCUUAACUCCAAGGUGAAAGUCUCUUUCUCUGGAUUAUUUUGAAAUUUUGGUGUAUUGAACUAUUAUGAAAUUCUGUAAUCUUAAAUAUGAUACAGAGUCAAUAUAAAGUCUUAUUUCUUUGGGUGAAAUAUAAUAUUGCUAGAAUAGUUUUCAUUAUAUUUAUUAGCAGCUAAAGAAUAAAAUCCAGUUAGAUUAAAAAAUUACUUUCCCAUUUGCAAACAUUUCACCUUUAAGAAGAAAACAAAUAUUACAAUAUGGUAGCUGUACUAGUGAUGUCUAACAGCGUGAUGGCCUAGAGUUUUAACAAUACCUUGGAAUUUAUUUGGAGGGAACAAGAAUGACUGAAUACAACAUCCUGUGUUAAUAUCUAAUAGAAGACAAGGGUGCUGUAUGUUAGAUUAUUUAUCAGAAAAGUAUCAAACUUUCAAGGAAAAUGUUAGAAAAUCCAAGAUUUUUUUUAAUUGUGUAGCAUUUAUCUUGUUGAUUUAUUACAAAAGAAAAAGGACGAUGUCAGUCAAGCAGCACUUUUUCAAAAUAUACAGAACAUAAAUAAUAUGAUGUGGUUGAGUGUUAACAUAAUAAAUCAUAUACAGUAUGACAUUUUAAGGAAAUAAGUCUGCAUUGAUGUGAUUGCAUGCUUGUUUUUACAGUUCACUCCAUACCAUCUGUGGAAAAAUGCAAUAAUAUGUUAAUAUAGUAUGGUAGUUUGAGAGAAUCAGGUAGGUGCCUCUAGACACAUUGAAACUAGAAUAGGUCUAUAAACUGCUCAUAUCUUUCAAUGCAUAAUCUUUAGAAAGACUCCACACAGCAAAAUUCAUCCUGUUAGUACAAAAUGGAAAGGUUCUUAUUGCUAAGUACGUUGUAUAACUGCAUCAUCAAUUACUAUUUAAAGCCUAAUUUCAGGAUACAUUUGCAAAAUUGCUACUCUUCAUCGAUGCUGUAUUUACAUCCUUUUUCAUCUGUAUUCUACUUGGCUCCAACUGCUAAAAUCGUUACCUAAAUAACACAAUCAUUAUUUAUAGCACUGUAAAAUUAGAAGUCCAAAAUUCUUUGCCUUUUAAGACAUUUGACUCUUUUAACCCUUCCAAGAAAUAUACCCAUUAGAAUUUGUAAAAAGAAAACCACUGGCAGAUAAAAUUUCUGGGCUCUUAUCAAAUGGUUUUCCAUUAAAUAUAGCUAGUUUUGAUUCAAUAUCAUUUCCUGUCCUGGAAAAAAAGUGAUGGAGUUAUACUUUUCUAUAUUGAAAGGUUAUUUGCUUUUCACUAAAGGAAAUAAGUUACAAGAAUUCUGGGCAUUCCCCAUUCCAGCAAAUAAAAUAUUGUGAUAGGAUUUCUAAAUUGGACGCAUGUCAGCUGAGAAGCCUGAAAUAUGCACAGUCGCAUGCACAUGGAGCCACUUUCUGUCUCUGUUAAGGGAGUUCAGUAGGUAGGGGACAUGGUAGAAGAACUGUGUGCACAUACUCCUCAAAGACUCAGAGCAUCAUUCGUUAAAAAAAGAAGUUCCUCUCUGCCAGAAAUGUUUACAGUGUGCAUUUAUUUUCCUCCAUCAGAAACAUUGAACCAACAUUCUUCUUGUCUUCUUUUCCUUUUUCAAUGUCCUGGGAAGAAUGGUGACCAAAACUGGGGGUGAGGGGAGGGAGGGGAAGGAAAAGUUUCUGGCUGCAAUAGUAAAGACAAAAUACCGCAUUGGAAGAUUGGUGUGUGUGUGUGUGCGUGCGUGUGUGCACACGUGAGUGCAUAUGUUUGUGUGUACAUGCAUAUGUGUGCAUGUUUGUGUGUGUGAGUGUGUGUGAAUGUAUGUGUGUGUAUUCAUGAGAAGAGAUAUUAAAACAAAGACAGAGAAAGAGAUUCCAACUUCUUUUCUUUUACCAGAAAUUACAAGAAGCAAUUUAAGAAACCUGAUAUUGGGACUUAAUCUAGAAACUGGAUGAUUUCAUUAAAGAUGUUUAGUCUUUCAUAGAAACUCUACAAUUAAACCAACAAAUAGAGAAAGAAAAGCAACUUUCCUGAUUUUGGCAAAGAAGCUAACACCUCAUUUAUUUUGUUUGUUUUUUUGUUGCUGUUGUUGUUCGUUUUUUGUAAAAAAAAAUAUAUAAAUAUUCAAUUAAAAAGACAGGUUCACUUGUAAUUAUGUACUCAUGACUGUAGCAGCAUUGAGAUUCCAUAUAGGCACAUGUACAGCAGCUGUUUGACAGUAAUGGCUCUUCCAUGUAACAUAGCAGUUAUUGUGUGAUUUAGUGCCACUUAUUGCAAAGUGUUACCAGUGGGCACAUUGAAAAUGCUUUUCCUUCUGCUCCUUUUGGAAAUAAACAAAAUUUUAAAAAUUAAAAAUUUAAAAUCCCACAGUUUUCCAAUUGUGGAAAAAAAAACACAAGAAUCUUCAUUUUGUACUACAACCUUUCCAUGGUAUUUUAGUCCCAGAAACUUUGGAAAUGCCCAAUUUUAUUUCCUUUAGCAAAUGGUAAUCUGUGAUGAAUACGAAAAAGAAAUGAAAUGAUUAAUCAGUGAUCGCAACUGAAGUAAGUAAAAACCCUAAAGAAAAUUCUUGAUGAGUAAUGCUUGUUGUUAAGUGGCACAAAGUACACACUAAAAACUAUGCAAAAUAUAGGUAACUACAGUGUAUGUGCAUGUAAGUAUCUUGUACUAGCUGUGUAUGGAUGUCGGAAACCCAUGUAAUUAUAAUAUGCAUUUUGAAUUCUGGGAAAGAGGAAAUCUUAGUGUAGAUAAUAUAAUUUGUUUUGAAAUACACAUUGGCAAUAUUGAAAUAUACUCAGUGCAAUAUCUGUAAUUCUAUUGCUGGAUACUUAAUGCAAAGGGAUUUAAGAUACUUUAAAUAAGAUCCAAGAGUUUUCUAAUUCACCUCUAAAAUAUUAAAGCACUAACAACAGCAAGUUAUAUUUUUCCUACAUAAUUAUUGAGUUAACAAAGGAAAUUUGUUUGCUUUAGUGUUCAACAUUAAUGCAGAGAAUGAAAUGACAUGGAUUUUAAUCUUUAAUUCAUUUCUAAUCGAAUUUGACAUUCUUGAGCUUUCUUUGAAAUGUAUGUGCUUUAAUAGAUUGAAGUACUUUGUUUAUUAGUACAAAUUUAUUCAAAGAACAUAGGAUAUAUUUAGAAGUUAAAGUCACUAUAUUUUAAUGGGGAAAUUCUCUCUUUAAUACUCUCCUUUGUUCCUUAUCACAACCCAAACAAGCCCUUUGCACUUCUUUCUACCCUUCCAAAGGCAGUGGAUUGAAAGUAGCAAGAUAAUAAAGAGAGUUUAAGGGGACAGUCUAUAUGAAUGGGUUCUAAAAUCAUCAGCAUUUUUGUGUAUUAAGAUUACUACUGAAUGCAAUAGUUAUUGGAUAUAGCUGGUAAUUUCUCUGCCAUGCAUACUUAACAAUAAUUCUUCUACCUCUCGCUUUUAACAUGGGCUAUGAUACUUCAAUAUAAAUAGAGGAAGUAAAUAUUUACAAGAUAUCCCAGGAAGAAUCAUUUUGGGACUCUCAUAACAAUGCACUCCCCACUCCCUGGGAAAUCUCAAAAGCCAACUUCUUGUAGUGUAUUCUAUGGUGUAUGGAUAUGUGUUUGUUUAACUUCUCUAUCAUUAAGUUAAUAUAAGUAAAAUAUGAAAACUUGGUGAGGACAGUUCUUUCCAUGCCUAGCUACUAUUUUGCUGUUAUGUAAUUGUAACUUUUUAAAAGUGAUUUGAUGGCAACGAUUUGCAAUCCAAUGAUAUUUGAUUUUAUUUUUAAAGUGCAACAAUUUAUUGAAAUUCAAUGCUGUGUGUUAAGUAUAAAUCAUGUAUAUGAUUUAAUUUCCAGAGAAGUGUUCUCUAUAUAAACAAAAAAUAAGUAUUUUAAAACUGCCUCUUUAUGAACAAAUAACCCCAAAUAAUUAAAAAUAUUGCCUCAAAAGCCCACUUUUUCUGCCUAGGCAUGACAUGAACUUUUCAAUGGUGUAAUUUAAAUAUGUUAAAAUAAAAUGCCAUUUUAUGAGCGUAUUUUCCUUUAGGAAAAAUGGAUUACAUAAAUUUAUGAAAUUAUGAUAGUGAAUCUAUAAAUUCGCUUGAAGUUAAAGUAAGAUGUUUCUAUGUUAUGUGGUUAUGUUAUGAAUAAUGUUUGGUUUACUCUUUACCAUCUUUUCCAUAUAUAUGUAUAUAUACAUAUAUAUGUAUAUAUAUAUGAAAUGUGUGAUUAUUUUGGAGAAAAUGGGCCCAAAUGUGAAAAAGAUGUAAAGAAAACACUAUACCCCCUUGGAAAUAUGCUGUAUAUUUCAAAGAUGUUAAGUUAAAAGACAAGUGACCAUUGCAGGGGCACAAGAAAAAUCUACCAGGGCUCAGCACUUAAGCACUUUUUCCACAUCCAGGGUCAAAGCAGUAGCGAUUCCUACAUGGACUUUUAAGUGCAGCAUGAAAUGCAGCAUUACACGAACACACAGUACUGUCAAACCUCAAAUGCUUUCUUUCUUUAGAUGCUUUCCCUUGUACAUGAUCCUAGUAGACACGUUUUUAUAUUUGCUGAUAGUGAGUCAUGCGCAAUAAAUAUAAUGGUUGAAAGCAGUAGUCACUAAUCGGUUAAGGACAAGUACAAAAUGUAAACAGAGCUGUUAUAUUUCUCCUCUUUGCUUUUCUCUGUGGUUCUGGUGUGUUGACUGAAUCUCAUAAGUAGGACGGAAAGCGGUCUAGACUUUUUCAAAGCUAGUAAUAUUGCUCCUUAUAAAUAUGUAACAUUUUGAUCUUUUUACAAACUUAUUUCUCUGUACUCACUGUACGUGGUGUAGAUUCAAUGAUGCAACUGAGUAGUGACCCAAGGAUUUCUGUGUUUGGAAUGACAUCUCUUUUCUUCAUUUUGAGUUCUUAUCAAUAUUUGUGAAUUGGUUGUUUAGCUUUUUAUUCUACCAUAAAUAUUCCUUAAAGAAAGCUCCAUUCCUAUCAUAAGUAUUUCGGUGUCAACAACUUUGCAACAAGUUUACCAUAUUAAAAAAAUUUAAAGACUUAUCUCUGAAAACAGUGUCCAGAAAUGCAGGUGUUCCCAGAACUGUAGCUUCAAAGCUUCUAUUUAUAUGACAUGAAACCCAUAUCUUUUGGAAGGGUAUACUUAUGACAACAUUAAAAUAUAUUCUGCGCUGUAAAGAAGAUCCACCAAAAUGAAACAUAUCGCACAGAAAACAAACACAAUUAUUGAAUCUACUCUAAUCAUUUUCACAAAACAAAAUGCAUAUUGUAAUAUUAAGUACAUGACACUUGCAUGUUGAUAUGCCUAUAUACUUACAAAGUAUUCAAUGUGUACUGAGUGGCACUUAAAUAUGUCAUGUACAACUCUUAUAAACAUGCCUACAGGGUUCCCAUUUACACUCCAUCCUUUCAGUAACGUCUCCUCAGAAAAAGUUGUCUGAUAAAUAUGGAAAAAAAAUAAAAUUUGAAUUUUAGUUAUCUGUUGGACAUUACUGAACUGUUUCUUCUUUUAGUGCAUUUUAGUCUUGAAAGCAGACACUGAGAAAACGAACUCUCUUUUCUCCAGUGAAAGGUGACAAGAGAUGUGGAACAUACUCUGGUCUGCUAAAUACAUUAUGUUGAAUACUUUUAUUGAUUGCAUAUCAUAUCCAUUCAUUUUUAAGUUUCCUCAAUGACAUACAACUUGUAAAUUUCUAAAGGGAACUUUCAAAAAAUGAGAGCUACUUAAAAAUAAGUGUUAUCUUGCUGAUAUAGCAUUUAAUCAUUACUCCUUGAAAUGUAUGAACCUUGUAAUAUGCUGGCUAAGGGUUAAAAAAGUGUCACUGACAUAAAGAAUUUUGUUUGAGAUUGCCAACAUUCAAAAUUUUUUAAAGGUAAUUUUACAUUCACUUAUUUGUGUUUAUUAAUGUUGACUAGGAACAGAAACAAAAAUAUAUAAAACAAUUUCUUUUUAAUUCCAUACUCUAACCAAUAUAUUUCAACUACCUAAGAUAAUGCAAUUAACCUUAUAUACAUCCUAAGCUUAUAACAAUAAGAAUUUGAGAUAAGCUUUUAAAUUUAUGGAAGAUUUUCUUUGUGUCUUUGGAAGUUCACUUACCAUGAGGUAUUUUGUAGUCUACUUUAAAUAACAGAUUUUGUUAUACAGGGUAAGCCAAAGGCUGUACAAGAAUUAGUGCCAUUGGGUCUGAUAUUUGUGUUGGACCAUGAAAUAUUCCAUUAAAAUUUGUCUGUAAA